AUGCAGACCCUCUCUUUCCUCUCGGCUCUGGCUCUGCCCGCCAUUGUUAGUGCUAGCCAGGUCGGCGCUUCGGGUACUCUCUCUUCUCUCGAUGGCGGCCUUGGCGGCGUCGUCACUGUCGCCAGCGACUCUUCCCUUGAGGUUACGCAGUAUAAGCUGGCUGACGCCAGUGCUCCUGAGCUAUACUGGUGGGGAAGCACCUCCAGCGAUCUCUCGUCUGGUUUCCGCAUCUCCAACACACAUAUCACGGAAGCUGCCACUUCGGAUAGUCUGACGAUUGAUCUGGAUGCCGGCCAUACACCCGCCGACUUCAGCACCGUGGGACUUUGGUGUGAGAAAUUCAAGACCAACUUUGGCCAGGCUCAGCUUAAAGCUAGCACGACGGGAACUUCGGGUAGCAACAACUCGCAAACUACUACUGGGGCUGCGGCACCGGCACGUACCACCACCGGUACAGGUUCUGCAAACAGUAUCGGGGUUAUGUUUGCGCUUGCGGCUAUGGCUGCUGGGGUCGUUGUUCCAGCACUGCUUUAA